ACUGCGAUACGCGUUUGAAAAGCUCGACGGAGCAGAAUUUCCAUAGUCGCGAUCGAGAACUGUCAUGUGCAGUGUCUACGUGUUACCACUAUGCCAUUUUUCUUAUUUUUUAUGGUAGUCCUAUAUGGUUAUUUGGGAUUAGACGUAGAAGUGUCACAAGUCUGUGCCCAAAGGGCUGAUAUAUUCGCUCUCCUAUCCGGCACUCUAAGGACAUAUCAAAGGGCCGGCUGCGACAAUGACAUAGUCACCUUGAGAUGCCCUGCAGGAACAAGCAUAUCCGUCCAAAUAGCCCAGUACGGGAAAUCCGCCUCUUCUAAAGGCCUUUGUGGAUCGAAAUCGACAUCAUCCAGUUUGGUUCCAGACAUUCCGGAGCACACGACUUGUCUCUUGCCAAAUACUGUCCAGACGGUGAUAGAAGCGUGUCAGAAAAAGCGGCAGUGCAAGUUUCAGACAUCACCCACCACAUUCGGAGGUGAUCCGUGUCCAGGAAUACCCAAGUACGUCGAAGUUGCCUACAAGUGCAAACCAUAUGAGUUUCGUAGCAAAGUGGCCUGCGAAAACGAACGAAUCCAUCUCAAGUGCAAUCCAAAUUCGAGGGUGGCAGUCUACAGCGCAAGUUAUGGCAGGACACAAUACGAAAGCAUCCAGUGCCCUCAACCUCAAGGCGUUCCCGAAGAAAUACCGCGAAGAGUGCUAAAGGACCAAUACGAAGGUCGGUUGGAAGCGGACGAAACAGACUACGACCCAAACGAGAACGAUGAGGACUUUGACGCAUACGAUACCGGAAAUGAGUAUAUCAGAGAAUCUGCAGCUUCACCAGCCGUUCCAAAUCUCGAAAACGUCUCAAGAGAUAAUUUUACCAAGGAUGCAGACGUAGGCAUUUAUCCGUCGGAUAAAUCGGACGGUCUGCAUUUUGAAAUCCAAAAACGAUACUUCCUGUAUCUCAUCAUUAGCGUCGCCGUGGCUGUUCUGCUAUUGAUAAGUUUUCUAGUCGGACGAUUUUUAUUACAACGGCAUCGAACGCAAAAGGAGGAGAAAUUUUAUGCGACCAGUAUAUCUGAUCAUACCCUCGCCAACGGUUUCACGGAUGAUAUUAGUGAGGUAGACGCAGACAUAGAUCUUCAAACUACGCUUCCCAUGACAAUACCAUCUGUGACCGUUCAUCCGGUUCCUAUGGGUACCAUUGCCGAAGUAGUAAGAUACCCGCAGUACCCUGAGUAUCCCACACAUAUGCAUUCACACUCGCACACAUUUCGAGGCUCUCAAGUUCCAGUGGUAGAAAACGAUCCGGCUAGUAGGAGUAAUAUGAGGGAUGCCAGCACCAGCCAGUACUACUAUGGAUGACCAGAGCAUUCGGGGAGCGAGGCGGUUCCCCGAAUAUCCCAAUCCCAAUCUCAAGAAAAGAGGGGAAGCUCUUUCGGCUGUCCAGAUCAACGCACGUACUGUUUCUAAAUGUGAUUUGCGUUGGUACUGUGAUAUUAAGUGAAAAUGUUUAUACAAGUCUACAAAUUUUAUACUUAUAGGAAAAAUUCGGAUGGUAAAAUCUCAAUAAUUAUACCCGUGUGGGCGAAAUUUAUAUAUAGCCCAUUUACGCUACCUAUACAAAGAAUGUACUGCUAUGUCAACAUGCAAUGAAAACAAAAUAAGAUUUACGACCACACAACAAGCGGGUCAACUAGGGUGUAAUGGACAUUGAGGUUUUACAUAUCGGAUUUUUUAUAGAAUAAGAUUUGAAGCAAUGACUGUAUAUUGUAAUUUGAUGUUAGAAGCGAUUUUUGAUAUUGACUGUCUGCCAUUUCUAUAGAAAGAUUUAAUUUGCAGCCUUUUUUAUACAUUAUGAUAAGUUAUUCUAUUAGAAGCAAUUAAAUUAUUGAUUAUUCGUAAGUUUCCCUUUGCUAAUAACUUACAGAAGCAAGUUUUUGAGACUGUUUUACAAUUAGACUAUUAAUAAACUAAGUUAUUUUUCGGAAAUCAAAGCCAAAUUAUAUUGACCAGAACUUUGUUCUUUUUUCUGAUGAUCUAUGUAAAUAGUGUAAAUUAGAUACACAGGGUAAGAAGGAACGAGAACUAGAAAUCUAUCGUCAUCAUUUCAAAUUGUUAAACCUAACCCGGUUGUUACUACCCUAAAUGUAUUAAGUAAAUGUAACAAAGACAAACUUAUAUGAAGUCGCUAUUAAGAUAGUAUAAAUGUUAUAUUGUUACACAUAUAUUACUUUAAAAUACACACAAUUUAAAUAUCUAAUGUUGGAAAUAAACAUAAUCUGUCUUUUUUUUUACUUAGAAAUAUGUGAAUCUUCAUAGAUGUUAACAGUACCUUUGUUACUAGUAAACAUAAUGGAUAUACUUUCAGAUUUUACCAUCUUUUCAAUGCCUAUGCUGCCAUCUAUGAACCACUUUUCUAAGUACUUUAUGAAAUGAAACUAACAAUUACCUCACUAUUUUUUUUAAAUCUGAAAUUUAUCCUUUGUGAUUACUAGAAAAUGUACGUUUCAUUUUUUUGUAUAAAUGUUAUAUAACUCAUAUUUUAAAUAAAUGGUCUUUUGGUUCAUUCAAUUAUUAUUUAUUAAUAAUCAAAUUUUGAAUAUUAAUAUUAAAUAUUUCCAAUGUGUUA